AUGCGCAUUUACGUCACCGGCCUCGCGGCUACAGCAGCCUUCCUGGCGUACUCCAAGAGUUCUUCGGAGGUGUCCGCUUUUUCUACGACAGUCGCUGCCCACUCACCGUCGGCGACUGUCACUGACACCGACGACACCGUUGCCAAAAGGAGGUUGCGAACUUUUGGAGUCACGGACGGUGAAGAGAGGGUAAACUUGGCUGGGCAGAUCAUGGAAGUCGGUGUAAAAAGCUCCAACGCGGUCGGUAAGGAUGGGGCGAUAAAGCUGUUUGGGCAGGUCAUAGAAGCCAAUGCCAAACGCCCCGAUGCGGCUGCUAAGGACAAGAUUAUGCUGUUUGGACAACGGAUCGCAAAGACCGGUGCAAAACGCUCCGGUGCAAAACGCUCCGGCGCGGUCGCUAGUCAGGGGAUAAGGCCGUUUAAACGGCAGAUCACAAAGACCGGUGCAAAAAGCCCCGACGACGUCGUUAAGGAGGAAAUGACGUUGUUUUGGAAGCAGGUCAUGGAAACCGGUGCAAAAAGCCCCGACGACGUCGUUAGGGAGGGAUGUAGGUUGUUUUGGAAGCAGAUCACGAAACCCGGUGCAAAACGCUCCGGCGCGAUCGCCGCAAAGAACGUAGAGGAAGGAACGUUUGGAACCCUUUCUAUUGGCCAACGCAUGGCUUUUGCCAUCUUCGUGUACGAAUCAAGGUCGAAACCCGAACCGUCGAAAGAAGUACUUGAUGCACUCACGAAAGCGUUCGGGUCCGAAAACGUGGAUAAAGUUAGAGGCAAAGUCGGCUUGAAACGCGUACAGGAGGCGACAACAUCAACGGCCAGGAGGGGCUAA